GGCAAUGGGCGCGCCUGAAGCGGCUUCAGGGUCGCUGACGAAACGCGCCGAGCGCCAUCUUGAUUCCUGGCCUACACUGGUCGCUGAGCCCCGCAGUGCGCAGAUCGUCCUUAGGCCUAGCUAUUUGCCUUUUCCGGUUCGCCGCCCUCCCCGCACCGCCCCUGACCCCCGGAAGUGGCUGAGCCUCCGGAGGAAGGGGGCGGGACCAGAGGCGGAAGUCAGUUCGAGCGGGGCGCGCGUGAAUCGGGACUGCGGGCGAGUGGCGGUAGCUGAGGGCUUUCCGGGGGAGCCCGGUCCAGCCCGGCCAGCACCCGCUGCCCAGGGCCUCGCUCCUCUCCUCACUCGCUCUCCGGGCUCAGGCAGGAUGGCUUCCAAGCGACCGCCGGGCCAGAGCAAGAGGAGCGCGCCAGCCCUGGAGCCUCCCCGGGCCAAGAGGCGGUGUGUGCGGAGCCCCAACCGCAGAUGCCGGCCGCCAGUCCGGGGCUCGGGCACACAGGAUAAUGUUUCAGGCUGGAAACAUCCUGAGUUGGCCAGCCAAAGAGAAAACCGUUAUAGCAUAAUUUGGGCUCACCACCAACAGAAGCUGGGCAGAGCACCUUGGGCAUUUUUCCAGCAGUGUCUUCAGAAGGCCUUUUUGCACUCUUUGGACUCUUACCGACUUUUCCGCACAGCUAGUCCCUUUGACCGAAGAACAACGUGCCUAGAAUGGCACCCAACUCAUCCCAGCACCCUGGCUGUGGGCUCCAAGGGUGGAGACAUCAUCCUCUGGGACUAUGAAGUACUGGACAAAAACUAUUUCAUUAAAGGGAUUGGAGCUGGAGGGAGCAUCACAGGGAUGAAGUUUAACCCUCUCAAUACCAACCAGCUGUUUGUUUCCUCGAUGGUGGGGACCACCAGCCUGAAGGACUUCCUGGGCAACACAAUCAGAGUCUUCACCAGCACAAACAGCUGGGACUACUGGUACACCAGUGUGGAUGUGUCUGCCAAAAGCCGCGUGGUGGUCACAGGAGAUAGUUCGGGCAGUGUGGUCUUGAUGAACAUGGAUGGCAAAGAGAUCUGGAAUCUCAAGCUUCACAAAAAGAAGGUGACCCAUGUAGCUCUGAAUCCUCUCUGUGACUGGUUGCUGGCCACAGCCUCAGUGGACCAAACAGUGAAAAUCUGGGAUCUGCGCCAGGUCAGAGGGAAGUCUUCCUUCGUCCACCUGAUGCCUCACGAGCGUGCUGUCAAUGCAGCUUAUUUCAGUCCAGAUGGGGCCAAACUCCUGACCACAGACCAGCACAGUGAGAUCCGGGUGUAUUCUGCCUCCCAUUGGGCGUGUCCCCAGCACCUGAUUCCCCACCCUCAUCGCCACUUCCAGCACCUCACGCCCAUCAAGGCAACGUGGCACCCUCGUUAUGACCUCAUCGUGGUGGGUCGCUAUCCAGACCCCAAUUUUGCAGGUUUCAACCCUCACGAAUCUCGGACGAUUGAUUUAUUUGAUGGGAGCUCAGGGAAGAUGAUAUGUCAGCUUUUUGACCCAGACUGCUCUGGCAUUAUCUCGCUAAACAAGUUUAAUCCCAUGGGGGAUACGUUGGCCUCUGCAAUGGGUUACAACAUUCUCAUCUGGAGUCCAGAGGAGGCUGUGACAAGGAAGCAGGAGGGGCUGAUCAGGGCAAUGAGCGAGCAAGGACUAGGGAAGGGUUGCUCAGCCCACCAGCUCCCUCCUUGAAACAGACCAGGCCAAAAUUCAAAACAGCAGCCAAAAGGUCUGUGCCUAGAAGGGUAUGCAAGAACCAAGGCCAAAGGGAAGGAUCCUCUGGAAGGUAUCAUUCCCAAUGCCUCCCCUGUGUCUGGCUACCAGGCUGGCAGUGUGAUGUGGGUUGUUCUCUUAACAGUCAAUAAAGUUAUAUCCACUUGGAAA